AUGACUGCCACCUUAAGCCCAGAAGAGCAGGCUAGAGCAACGUACCUCUUAGAUGCACAGAAUAAAGCCGUAGCUCUCUUCGAUGAGAUUGAACGGGACUUACUCCGGCCGGGUGUCAGCGAGAAGACGCUGAGCGAUGAGAUUCACAAGCUCGGUCAGGAGCGUCACGGCAUCAAGACUCAUUGGCACAAACGAGUCAUCCGAAGCGGCCCAAACACAUUGAAGCCCUUCGCUGAGAACCCUCCGGACCGCAUCAUCGAGGAAGACGACAUAUUAUAUGUUGAUCUAGGACCCGUCUUCGAGGAGUGGGAAGCCGACUUCGGACGCACCUAUGUCCUCGGCAAUGAUCCGGUCAAGAAGCGCCUCCGCGACUCCCUGGAGCCAGUCUGGGACACAGUCAAGGCUCACUUCUCCAAAAAUCCAGACAUGACGGGCGAGGAGCUAUACAGUUUUGCCAGUAACGAGGCGGUCAAGCUUGGAUAUAAAUGGGGUGCUGAAAUAGCCGGCCACAUUGUGGGAUCCUUCCCCCAUGAGCGCAUUCCCAGAGACAAGACCACUCUCUAUAUCAUUCAAGGAAACAGCCUGCCCAUGAGCACUGCCGGCAAGGAUGGACACAAGCGGCACUGGAUUCUAGAGAUUCAUCUCCAUGACCCGGAUCAUGGGUUUGGCGGAUUCUAUGAGAAGCUCUUGACUGUUUAA